AUGGGAGAUGCCCUCCCUAUCAUCCAAGUGGAGGCAGUUGGGCAGUUUCUAAAAUGGCCGUUGCUGAAACGUGUUAAACGGGAGCAGGACGAGGGGCUGCUACAGCAGAGCUGGCAAGCCCAGUGGAAAGACUUCCUCAGAGUGGUUCAGCCCCACAACUCCAGCAUAGAGAGCCCACAGCCGCCGUGGGGGGACACCAAAUUAUCUUUUAUCCACACCGAGGGACCCACAACUGCUGGCCCGCAGGCUGGAUGUGAUGAGCGCAUACUUCGUGGGCUGGUUGAGGAUAUGCGUGGCUCGCCGGAUCCCAGAGACAGAGAAGAUUAUGGGGAAGUGGAGGGAGAUGGCCAACAUGCCCUCGGCGCAGACGGAGAACGCCGGCUGUUCCGGCAGUUCUCCUACAGGGAGGCGGAGGGGCCCAGGGAAGCAUACAGACAGCUCCACAAACCUUGCCAUCAGUGGCUCAAGCCAGAGAAGCAGACAAAGGAGCAGAUCUUGGAGCUGUUGAUCCUGGAGCAGUUUCUGGCUGUCCUGCCCCAGGAAAUGCAGAAGUGGGUGGGUCGCCCUGAGACCUGCAGCCGGGCGGUGGCUCUUGCAGAGGAUUUUCUGCUGAGGCGAGGAGAGGCCAAGACACAGGAAGAGCAGGUGAGGAGAGUUUUUCAGGCUGUCCUGUGAAAGGCAGGGCAAAGAAUAUCUGACUUUUAGAAGACAUCUGAGCUUUUAAUGGUUGACAUUUUACUGUUUUUAUAUACACUGGCAUCUUGGUACUCAAACGGCUUCGCCCCCAAACAAAUCGGCUCCUGAAUGCUGCAAACCUGGAAGUAAGUGUUCCAGUUUGCGAACGUUUUUUGGAAGCUGAACGUCCGAUGUGUCUUCCGCGGCUUCCGCUUGAGUGCAGGAAGCUCCUGCAGCCAAUCGGAAGCCAUGUCUUGGUUUUCAAACUGUUUCGGUAGUCAAAUGGAUUCCCGGAACAGAUUAAGUUCAAGAACCAAGGUACUACUCUAUGUUGGAAGCUACGCAGAAUGGCUGGGGAAACCCAGUCAGAUGGGUGGGGUACAAUAUUAUUAUUAUUAUUAUUAUUAUUAAGCUAGUAUAGGUGUAGAAAACUGACUUUUGUGUGGAUGUAAAGUAGGAUUCUGUACAAAAUGAAAAAGGUCACAUCUGCUUCCCCAGCUGCUUUUGUCUCUGGCCCUGUCCAUCCUAAGCAUUUGGCCCCCAGAGAGUUGACCAUGUGGGAAUGUGCCCACUUCAAGACUGGAAAAGGUUUCCUCCUGCCCCUCCAUUAGGAGAAACUGCCUCACCGUAGGAGCUUUCAUUGCAGUUUGCAAUUUGGGAAUUGGCUGUCCUCUGGUGACGAAGAAGAAGGGGGGAAAGUGUUCACUGUUCUUUCAGGAGCUGGGCCUAAUCCAGGAGGUGGCGGUGAGCUUUGCAGAGGCCGAGCGAACUGUGUCCGAAACUGCUCCGAGGCAUCUCAUCGGAGAGGCUGGGAAGGGGAAGGAGGCCAGUUCGCCAGGUAAGGAUUCCCUGAGCUUGAGGUUUGUGGAGGUACAUCUGCCCCUCCCUUAAUAAUAUUCAGAAGGAAUUUGAAAACAAUUCUGUCUAUGGAGGCAGCUGAGGGCUGAGGGAUUUUUCCAGGCAACCCAGUGAUUAUUAUUUUACUAUUAUUCAUUUUGCUUCUAUACUGCUUUAUAUUUUUAAGAGGAAAAAAUCUCAAAGCUGUUUGCAAGUUGCAUUAAAACUUAAAGCAACCCAGAAGAAAAACAUUACAGAAGGAAGUCAAAUAUACAUUCAAAGCUAGCUAAUUAACAGGAAACUAAAAUGUUAUCUUAAAGAUUUCAAAAUGAAACGUUACAAAGGGUGUAGGUCAGCUACAGAAUGCACAUUUAACAUAGCAAAGUUAGCAAAAAUAAAUAAAUCUUAAGCAUUCCAAAAGAAAACAUUAUUAAGGGAAGUCAAAUAUAAGAUGCACAUUUCAUACAGCAUAAUUAGCAAGAGGGGGGGAAAUAUUAAUUGUAAACACAGAAGGUAACCUGCCACCUUUGUUGGCGAUCCUGUCAAUGGUGGUUCACGGCAGGAGAUGGUUUGGGAAACUCAGGGCUCCAUGACCUGGGUUUGCACCAAGAGCAGCCAAGAUGGUCUCUGGCCUCUUCUGCAGCCUCUGCUUUUGUAGCUGGAGUCAGUCAGGCCCUGCCCUCCCAAGUAGGUGGGAAAAGGCCAGCAAGGCAGGGAGCAGGACCUCCAGGACUCACAGCCGAUAUAACUGUUUUUUGGACUGCUGCUAGACUGUUUCUAAAUGCUUUUACAAAUGUUUUUGCAAAAUGUUUUAUUAUUGAAAUGUUUGCCGCCCUGCACUCCCUUCAGGAGUAAAGAUGGGAUAUAAAUUGAAUUAUUAUUAGUAUUAUCAGGGAUGGGGGAGGCGCCGGUCGUCUAAACCACUGAGCCUCUUGGGCUUGCCGAUCAGAAGGUCAACAGUUUGAAUCCCCUCGACGGAGUGAGCUCCCAUUGCUUUGUCCCAGCUCCUGCCAACCUAGCAGUUUGAAAGCACGCCAGUGCAAGUAGAUAAAUAGGUACCGCUGCAGCGGGAAGGUAAAUGGCAUUUCCGUGCGCUCUGGAUUCCGUCACAGUGUCCCAUUGUGCCAGAAGCGGUUUAGUCAUGCUGGCCACAUGACCCAGAAAGCUGUCUGUGGUCAAAUGCCAACUCCCUUGGCCUGAAAGCAAUAUGAGCACCGCAACCCCAGAAGCAUAGCUGUCAACUUUUCCCUUUUCUUGCAAGGAAUCCUAUUUGGAAUAAGGGAAUUUCCCUUUAAAAAAGGGGGAAGUUGACAGCUAUGCCCAUAAGUCACCUUUGAUUGGACUUAACCAUUCGGAGGUCCUUUACCUUUUGCCUACCUAUUAUUGGUACAGUGGUACUUCGGGUUACAUGCGCUUCAGGUUACAUAUGCUUCAGUUUACACACUCCGCUAACCCAGAAAUAGUGCUUCAGGUUAAGAACUUUGCUUCAGGAUGAGAACAGAAAUUGUGCUCCGGCAGCGCGGCAGCAGCAGGAGGCCCCAUUAGCUAAAGUGGUGCUUCAGGUUAAGAACAGUUUCAGGUUAAGAACGGACCUCCAGAAUGAAUUAAGUACUUAACCCGAGGUACCACUGUACUAUUAAUAUUAGUAUUUCCAUUUCCCUGAAUAAAUAGGUCCAUUCAUUUGGUCUGUUCACUCUUUUGAGUCUCCUCUCCUGUUCUUAGCGCAGCUCUCUUGUUUUCUUUUUUUUCAGGUGGUGAUGUCUGGAUGA